CUAAUCAAGGAUAUUUUGAUGCUCAACUUCAACUUGGAUGUUGUUAUGAUAGAGGAAUUGGAACAGAAAUUAAUAAAAGAAGAGCAUAUGAAUUAUAUAAUAUAGCAGCUGAAAAAGGUGUUAGUUUGGCACAAGUUAAUUUAGGAUUAUUGUAUGAGAAUGGUGAGGGUACAGAAAUGGAUUUAGAAAAAGCUAUUUACUGGUAUAAUAAGGCAGCAAAAAAUGAAGAUAAAGUAGCACUAUACUUUUUAGGUAAUUGUUACAAAUUCGGAAUAGGGACCAAUAAAAAUGAAAUUAAAGCUUUUGGAUAUUAUAAAAAAUCAGCUGAGAAUGGGUAUGUAUACGCACAAAAUAUUCUUGGGUUAUUAUAUGUUAAGGGAGAAGGAAUUAAAAAAAAUAUGAAAUUGGCCAUUUAUUGGUUUCAAAAAGCAGUAGGAAAUGGAGAUAAGUACGCAUAUGAUAACUUGGGUACAUUUUAUGAACUUGGAAUAGUCGUAAAUAAAGAUAAGAUUAAAGCAUUUAAAUAUUAUGAAAAAUCGGCUGAAAUAGGAUAUGUUAAUGCGAAAUUUCAUCUUGGAUAUUGUUAUGUAAAUGGAAUUGGAACAAAAAACGAUAAGAAGAAAGGAUUUGAAUUAUAUGAUGAAGCGGUUUUAAAAGAAAGUAAUGAUAUAAGUAGUGAUACAAUAAACCCUAAUGGAUCAUUUCAUAAAAAUGAAGAAGAAAUAAUGAGAGAGUUAUUUGAUAUUAAGCAUUGGUAUCAGCAAUCAGCAGAAAAUAAAAGUAGCGCAUUAUAUAAAUUAGGAGAAAGUUAUGAAUUAGGGAAAGGAGUUAAUAUAAGUGAAAUUAAAGCGUUUUAUUAUUAUAAACAAGCAGCCAAAAGUGGAUGUAUAUAUGGAAAAUACAAACUUGCACAUUAUUUUCUUCAUGGAAUUAUAGUUGAUUGUGAUGAAAAGAAAGCCCAUAAUUUAUAUAAAGAAGCAGCUGAAGGAGGAAACAAUGAUGCACACGAAAUUCUUUCAGCAUUAUACGAACAAGAUAAAGAAACAGAAUAGUAUUAUUUACUUUUAUAUUAAAUAACCGAAAUUUAUAUUAGUAAUCUUUUUUUUACGCUUGUUAAUCUUAUAAAGUACAUACAACAAUUUACUACGUUGCAUAUUUAUACUUUUUGAAAAUAAAAUU